UUUCAAGUUGUCUGGCUUGUAUUCCUGGUUUUGGGCUCGAAGGCCAGCAAGAGACCGCAACUACGGGUGAACCUGUGGGAAUCAUGGAAAAGAGAACGAACCGUAAGGUGGGCGUCGAUACAACCUCGGACAUGAAGAUCCUGGAUGCCGAGAAAGAAUCACCUGACUACUCCGUGUUCACAGUUGACGCGCUGAAAAUGAUGAAUUCGGGCAAUCAAUACCCGCGACUCAGCAAGCCUAAGAAAGGCCAAUUAAUCCUGGUCAAGAGCUCAGACGAGCAGAGCAAGAGAAAGCGCCAAGGCAUUUUCCCAAGCCUGCCAAAGGGACCCACGAGUCUGGUCCACAGCAAAAAGAAGCAAGGCCUUUCACCUGCUGUAUCCAGGGCCGUGUCCGCCAUGCAAACCGCUCUUGAAAGGUUCAAGUCGGAGGAUGAUUCCCCCGUGACAGCGGGCAGCAGUGUAUAUCAGCGCGAAGGCGCAAUGUCUACCCUCCUUGGCGUGCAGAAUUGGGAGGAUGUCAUUGAAGGCAGGGAGGCAACAAGGGCAGACACCGCAGCUGAUGCGAGAGAGAUGGCUGACCCCGCCACCUCCACCCCCUGGACCUUCCGCAUGUCUCCUGCCUCCUCCUCCUCCUCCUCCUCCUCCUCCUCCUCCUCCUCCUCACAAGAGGACACCACAAGCCACAGUUGCCACAGCCCCUCCCAGGCUCCUGCAAGCCCCAGGCCGCCAACCCCCGACCUGGGUAUUACUGGCAUCGGCUAUGGAGGCCCUAGCCAGCGGCAGCUUGACAAGAAGUAUGUCCUGCAGAACUGGUUCAAGAGAGGCGUGGCGGAGAAGAAAGCACCGUCCGAGUCAGAGAAGCUUCCCAGAAACGCCGCACCCUUUCUGAUUGAAGACCCGGUUGCCUGGGAGAUUGACUUGGCCGACAAUCCAUGUGACGAGGCGCGUCGCCAACGACAGCAGAGAAAGCAAAUGAAGAUCAACAAGCUCCGACAGCAGCUCAAAAGCAAGAGCACCGCUGACCAGCCUGACGAGAGACUGCGCAGCAACGGAGCUACAUCUGCCGUCAUGUGGGAGAUCGACUUUGCAGACGAGCGAUCUAGGGAGUCCCACCAGAAGCGACUGACCAAGCGACAGAAGAAGCUCAAGGAACUUGCCAAGAAGAAGAAGGCUGCCGCUAAGUAUGGUGAAAGAUCACAGGGUCCUCGCAAACCACCUACUCCAUGCGACAUUUACGACGGACAAGACUUCAAGGAUGCGCUAGACUUCUAAAUUCUAACCUCUAAAGGACCUCUAAAGAUAUUUUGCUUUACAACCCUGCUUAGAUCAUGCCUUAUUAUCACGCUAAACAAUUUGUCGUAUUGUAUAUAGAUUGGAUCGUUACUCGUAUAUUUAAAUUAGAAAAUCAAAACAUCAAAAUCA